UGGCAACUUUGGUCUUAAGAUAGUAGGCGCUCCUGUGGAAAUCUGGCCUUUGAAUCGAAUCUAAACAUUUUUAAGCAUUAAUUUCAUUUGUUAUAAAGCACAGCUCGAUAGCAGUAAAAUUCUAAUGGAUUUUGGACGCGACAACAAUCAGGACUUUUUUGAGAAACUGCACAGCACUGAUGGCCCACGUAAUUUGCGCCAGAUCUUUGAGGACGAUGACAAACCCCUGCAAAGCGAAUCGAGCAAUUUGCGCUAUCAACCACAGUCGUCCAGCAAGCAGCAACAGCAAAAACAACAACAAACACAGCCACCGCAGCAACAACAACAACAAAAGCUCAAAUCAAUGAUUUCGACUAUGCCGCGCAACAAGCAAGACUUAAUGACUAUUGAAAGUUGGAACACGGUAGUGGCUAAGGUGGCCUAUGGAUUCAAUGGCAGCGACAAUGUGGGACGUGUGGGUGUUGCGCUCUCACGCAAUGGAGCCGGCGCUGCCAAGCUAGUCGUGUACAAGAGCCGAACACAGCUGCUAAGCACGCUGCUGCUGACCAAAUCGACGCAGUCAUCAUCGCCGCGUGUUGGGCCGACCAAUGUGAUACUACGUGAAUCGUAUAUGCAGUUCUACGACGAUGAGCAGCGUUUCUGGAGUCUGCGCUUUGAGGUUGCCAAGGAUGAGGAGGAGUUCACGGAUGCACUAAUCAAGCUUGGCCUGCCCAUUGAGGAAAUGCGCAACGAUCAGGCCGGCAAAUCAAGCAACGGAUCUCCACCCACAUCAAGUACAUUGCCGCAACCGUCGUUCCGACAUUCAAUCUUAGAAUCGUUGAGCCCACCUGCUAAUCCAGAACCAGUGCGGGAUAACUACGACAGCGAAAGUGAAUCGCCACAGUCCACAGAGGACAGCAUUACCACUCACCGGGCACGCUCCGUUAAGAAAUUGCUAAAGCCGUUGGCAGCGAGCAACAAUAUAGUAUCGCUGGCCGCAAAGCCAGAACAAAACGUAUAUGCAAUGUCGCCCACUAGCAAACUGGAGGUAUAUCUGGACGAGCAACGGGCCAAAGGCCAUGCCAUGGACAGGAAAAUGGACACCCUAUUGCAGGCCAUGUGCCGACUGACCAGCAACAGUAAUUUGCAAGGGAAUGAGAGCAGCGGCGAUUCGAUGUCCCUCGCGAUCGAGCAUCCAGAUUCCAGAAAAAUGGACAACAUUCUGCAGGCGAUGAGCCGGCUGGCCAAUAACAAUGGCAUGCAACAGAUUACCGACAGUCUAGACACGACACGCGGCACCACGGAUAAUGAGGAUGAGCUGCUUGAGCUGGAGCAGAAGCUGCUGGAUUUCAAAAAGGAGAAUCGUUCGCUUAUGAAGAGCCUGCGAGCUAAAGAGCAGGCACUCGCCGAUCUGCGCGCCUCCACUUGCGCCCUCUGCGAGGAGCUGCUGGCCCAGAACAAUGAACUCAAGCAGCAGAAUACAGAGCUCAUCGCGGCCAUGUCCAAGCAAGGCAACUGCUCAGCCACAGUCGCCACCCCCAUUGACAAUUCAACAUUCACUGUCAGCGAAUGCGAGAACUGCGAAAAGUACUUGGCAAAGAUUUCGGGUCUGGAGCGUGGUCUGUCCACACUGCAAAGCGCUCUGCUCAGAUAUGCGACAAAUGGCAAAAUGAUGCCAACAACCAGCCUAUCGACAACACAGGCACAGGCACAGUCGCAGCCGGAGGCUGCUUCGCCGCCAAUUUAGGGAUUAGGCAUUUCUAUUUGACCAUACUGUUAAUUUCCUUUGUAUUAUAUUUAAUGUAUUACAAGCGUGCGUGCGUAUUGUGUGUUAAGUGUUAAGUGUUAUCUACAUACAUUAAAUUAUCAUAGUAAGUGAUUGACUCAAAUUCUUAAGACAAUUUUCGAUCGCCUCACUCAAAACAAAAAAAUAAAUUUGGCUGGUGCACUCAGUUCACAAAGCUCAUGUUUCCCUUAAAAGAAUGAAUGUUGCAUCCAA